AAUCCAUUCUUACAUCAUGUCUUUCCGUAGUGAUUUAGAUCACUUACGAAUUCCCCUUCAAGAAAUACUCUCUGCCACCAACAACUUCUCCGAUCAAAAUUUGAUUAGAGAAGGUGGGUUUGGGAAGAUCUUUAAGGGAAAGUUGGGUUGCAUAAAAAACAUUGAUAUUGUCGCAAGGAGGUUUGAUCCUAAGUACGGGCAAGGAGACACAGAGUUUUGGACAGAAGUUUCGAUGCUUUCUACUCUGGAGCAUCCCAAUCUGGUCUCUUUUAUAGGGUUCUGUGAUGAAGCUGAAGAGAAGAUCAUCGUAACUGAGUAUGAGGUCAACUCAAGUCUGGAUAAAUAUCUAAGUGACCCGACACUCACAUGGACGCAACGAUUGCAUAUAUGUAUUGGUGUUGCACGCGCGAUAAGUUACCUCUAUUGGACCCCGGGUCCAAGAAUAAAUUUAAGCGUCAUACACCGAAAUAUCAAGAGCUCCAAAAUUUUACUAGAUCAUAACUGGGAACCUAAGUUAUCUGGUUAUGAACUUUCGGUGCAAAGGCCGGCAGCUAAAAGGGACCGUCAUCUAAUUAGGGAACUUAGUGGCACAUAUGGGUACGUGGACCCUGUGUAUGCAAAGGCUGGAAAAGUUAGCCACAAGUCGGACGUAUUCUCCUUGGGUGUGGUACUAUUCGAGGUCCUUUGUGGAAGGAGGGCAUUUAUUCCCGACAAGUUUGAGGAUGAGGAGCAGUCACUAAUGUUUACUAUGAAAAGACUGAAGCACUUCAAUGUUUCAAAGGAUCGCUUAAUAAGUCGAUUAGCAAGAUCCCAUUAUGAAGAGGGAAAACUGGAUGAUAUCAUCAAUCGGGAUCUGCGAAAUCAAAUGGAACAACGAUCCUACUUAAUCUUCUCACACACGGCUUAUCUAUGCCUGAAUGAGAAACAAGAACACCGACCAAACAUAUAUCUCGUUGUUCAUAGACUUAAGAGAGCCUUGAAACUUCAACAGGAAUAUUGCCAUAAUUUACUUAAUCGAAAUCCACCGGGCACGAAUGGGCUUUCGCUCCCCUUCCUCUCCAACAACCCACUGAUGAACCAAGUAAGUUAUAUUCGAUGUGAUGUCCACCUUACUCGGUUCACCACUUUUAUUGUAGUUCCAUAAUUGACCAUUAUUAUCCCUCAUUGAC